AUGAAGCGAAACUCUUUCCAUGACAAUUCUGCACUUGUUCAAGCGCUAUCCCUUCGGCCUCAUUCUCUCCGAAAAACCCAAAACCUGACGCGAUUCGCUCGCCGCAUUCUCAGAAAAGAAGGCAUCACAACCUCCCGGCGUCAAAUCUCUGCCACUGUGCGCGAUGUCUUAGCUAAAACAUGCGCCGUACGCUCGAAGCCCCCAUUGCCAUCGCUUGCUGUUCGGCGUCUUAAGAAUCAAUCGGCGCUUCUAUCCUUCAAAGCACCUCCACCUAGCCUCAUCUCGCCCAGCAAUUUCCGGACUCCUCUCACUCCGCGAAACCAAAGUCCCUUCAUUCCUCUCAAAGCCACUCCUAAACGGAUUCCAUGCCACAUCGACGAGAACUCCUCCCCUGUGUUUUCAAGCCCCCAGUCGCCAGUCUUCCAUCUCACUAAACAGUUUUCGCGUGUUUUCUUGUCGAGGUCUCAGCAGAUCUCGCGCCGUUUGUCCUACUCCCAGAAUCGCACGUCAACAUCAUCUCCAGAGCAGCAAAAAGGGCUCACACUUGCGUCACCCGUUCUUUUACGCUCAACUUCAUCAUUUUGGCGGACAACCACUCACGAUGUCGCGUCGCCAUGCUACGAACUAGAUGAACUCAGUUUCUCGCCUUUCCAGUUCGAUUCUUCAACAGUCGAGCAUUUUCAGUUUACACAAUACAAACCAAAUAAAAUACACUGCGGAUCACCUGACCGUUUCCUCUUGAUCAUGACCUCCACGAACAAGACAACGCUGGCCUCAGUGCUGCCAACGUUACGACCCACCAUAAAACGCCGCCACCUCCGAAAGUAUUCCUGGCUCCCUGAUGUAUUUCGUCUCAAAGGCAGCAUCAUUAGUCGGAUAUUCGGACCAGUUAUCACUGUUACUCUUUUCGCGACCGCUGUAGCGUAUGCGGACCACAGGGGCCAUACUAUGUCGCUUUCGAACUCAAUUGUACCGAUGCUCAGUGUGGUGGUGGGCUUAAUUCUCGUAUUUCGGAAUGGAACUUCAUAUGAUCGAUACUGGGAAGGCCGAAAAUGUUUUGGGACCCUCUGCUCCAACGUUAGGAAUCUCAGUCGGCUUAUCUGGAUUAACGUUGCUUUACCCCCCACCGACGAACAACCCGCUUUCGCAAAAGGCAAAACACCAACGUCGGAGGUAACAGCUCACCAACUCUAUCGCAGAAAAAAAGAGGCGUUGCAUCUUUGCCUGUCUUUCGUCUAUGCGACCAAACAUUACCUGCGCGGUGAAGAUGGCAUGCAUUGGGAUGACUACAAGGGAGUUCUUCCAACAUCAUUCGUUCGCUCCGAUGAGACUGGCUAUAACACACAACACACCACACCCGGCGGUACUUAUGCUGCGACUGCUAUGGCAGGCUCGCUAUCCGCUUUGAGUGGGAAAUCAACGGAUACUCUUAAUAAAGGCGAUGCAACCAAGCGAGUCCGAGCGAAACGCAGCAAGCAUGAUAUGACCUCUGCAAACACCCCGCUUUUGGCCGGAACCCACCGCACAGUCGAAUUUCACCCCUUUGCCGACGAUGCGUCGAUGCCUUUACCUCUGGUCAUCGGGCACGAGAUCACUCGUCUACUUUUCCUGUUCAGACGUGAGGGCUUCCUGGAGACUGUAGGUCCAGCCGGUACUAACGCAAUGACUGGGCUUGUCCAAAGCAUGACAGAUCAACUAACGUCGAUGGAGCGUGUUGCUAAUACGCCGAUUCCGGUAUCAUAUGGGAUCCACUUGAAGCAAUGCGUUACCCUCUACCUCUUCGCAUUACCUAUGACACUUGUCAAAGAAUUGGGCUGGGCUAUGAUUCCCCUGGUCACUGUGGUGGCCUUCACGUUCAUGGGUAUUGAAGGAAUAGCACAAGAGAUAGAAGACCCCUUCGGCACCGACUAUGGCGACUUGCCCUUGGAUCGCUAUUGCCACGACCUCAAGGAGGAAAUCGAUUACCUGCUUCAUCGACUCCCAGAAGGUGGAAUGGGCAGUCACGGAUACGACGAUGGAGAAGGCGAUGAUUAG